GGUGGGGGAGGGGCUCCGGGCGAGGCUCCCUCGCGGCUCCGGCGUUGCGCUACGGGAGCCACUCGCCGCCUCGGCUCCGUCCGGCUGCCUCAGCGAGAAGCCGCCGCCGCCGCGCUCCGGAGGGCGAGAAAGCCGACGACGCAGAGCGCACCGCGUCCGCUGCAAGCUCUUGGCGCGCCGCCCGCCCAGCCGAGCCGAGGAGGAGGAGGAGGAGGAGGCUGCCGCUUCGCCCACAGAGCCGGGACGGCGAGGCGAGUCGGAGGAGAGCCGCCGAGGCGCCCGCCUGCCCGCCUAUUGUUUCCCGGAGCCUGCGGGCCCGCGGCGAGCUGCUUCUCCUUGGGGGCGCGCGAGGCCCUGCUGGGGCUGCAGCUCCCGCCGCCGGCCUUGGAGAGGCCCGGGAGGAACCAAGCCGGAGCGUGUUUGAAAGUCUGUGCCUUGGAGAACAAGUGAGACCCCCGCCACCUUUUCUCGUUUUGCUAACGGGCACCAAAGCAGCAUACCCUCAUGGCGUCUGAGAGCUCAGUGGUCAUCCAGUAGCAGGAGAACUGGGAUGUUUACCUGGAAGUGCCUCAUUCUUUGGGCUGUGCUGGUCACAGCCACACUGUCCACAGCAAGACCAGCACAAACGCUGCCCGAGCAAGUUCUGCCCAAAGCAAGCAUUGAAGUGGAGUCUUAUUCAGCUCACCCUGGCGACCUCCUCCAGUUGCGUUGCCGGCUACGGGAUGAUGUGCAGAGCAUCAACUGGGUACGAGAUGGGGUCCAGCUCUUGGAGAACAACCGGACACGCAUCACAGGGGAGGAGGUGGAGGUUAGGGACGCCGUGCCAGAGGACUCAGGGCUUUAUGCCUGCAUGACCAACAGCCCCUCUGGAAGCGAGACCACCUACUUCUCCGUGAACGUCUCAGAUGCUCUUCCAUCUGCUGAAGACGAUGACGAUGACGAUGAUUCUUCCUCGGAGGAGAAGGAGGCAGAUAACUCCAGACCAAAUCAAGCCAUUCCGCCUUACUGGACGUACCCUGAGAAAAUGGAGAAGAAGCUUCAUGCUGUUCCCGCUGCCAAGACCGUGAAGUUUAAGUGCCCCUCAAGUGGGACACCCACCCCUUCGCUGCAUUGGCUGAAGAAUGGCAGGGAAUUCAAGCCUGACCAUCGUAUAGGUGGAUAUAAGGUCCGUCAUGCCACCUGGAGCAUCAUCAUGGACUCGGUUGUGCCAUCAGAUAAAGGCAACUACACCUGCAUUGUGGAGAACAAGUAUGGAACCCUAAACCAUACCUACCAGCUUGACGUUGUUGAGAGGUCACCUCACCGGCCUAUCUUACAAGCUGGGCUCCCAGCUAACAAGACUGUCUCCCUGGGUAGCAACGUUGAAUUUGUUUGCAAAGUCUACAGUGACCCUCAGCCCCACAUCCAGUGGUUGAAGCACAUUGAGGUCAAUGGGAGCAAGAUUGGGCCAAAUAACUUGCCUUACGUGCAGGUCUUGAAGAGCUCGGGAAUUAAUAGCUCCGAUGCGGAGGUGCUGACCCUGUAUAAUGUGACAGAGGCUGAGAGUGGGGAGUAUGUUUGUAAGGUUUCCAAUUAUAUUGGUGAGGCUAACCAGUCUGCGUGGCUGACCGUCACCAGACCCAUGGCUGAAGCUAUUGAAGACAAGCCAGCUAUGAUGGCCUCCUCUCUGUACCUGGAGAUCAUCAUUUACUGCACAGGGGGCUUCCUCAUCUCCUGCAUGAUUGUGACCGUCAUCAUAUACAAGAUGAAGAGCACCACAAAGAAGUCAGACUUCAACAGCCAGCUGGCUGUGCACAAGCUGGCCAAGAGCAUCCCCUUGCGCAGACAGGUAACAGUAUCAGCUGAUUCAAGUUCUUCCAUGCACUCUGGUGUGAUGCUUGUGCGCCCCUCACGGCUUUCCUCCAGUGGGAUCCCAAUGCUGGCAGGUGUCUCUGAAUAUGAGCUGCCAGAAGACCCCCGUUGGGAGCUUCCCAGAGACAGGCUGAUUCUGGGCAAACCUUUGGGGGAAGGCUGCUUUGGGCAGGUGGUGCUUGCUGAGGCCAUUGGGCUAGAUAAAGACAAGCCAAACCGAGUGACUAAAGUGGCAGUGAAGAUGCUAAAAUCCGACGCCACGGAAAAAGAUCUGUCUGACUUGAUCUCUGAGAUGGAGAUGAUGAAGAUGAUUGGCAAGCACAAGAACAUCAUCAAUCUCCUGGGAGCUUGUACUCAAGAUGGGCCGCUCUAUGUGAUAGUGGAGUAUGCAUCCAAAGGGAACCUGAGGGAAUACCUGCAGGCUCGGCGCCCCCCAGGCAUGGAAUAUUGCUACAACCCCACCCACAUCCCAGAGGAGCAGCUCUCUUUCAAAGACCUGGUGUCCUGCGCGUACCAAGUGGCCAGAGGCAUGGAAUACCUGGCGUCCAAGAAGUGCAUUCACCGCGAUCUGGCUGCCAGGAAUGUGUUGGUGACAGAAGACAGCGUGAUGAAGAUUGCUGAUUUUGGCCUGGCUCGAGACAUUCAUCACAUAGACUACUACAAAAAGACAACCAACGGCCGCUUGCCAGUCAAGUGGAUGGCCCCCGAGGCUUUAUUUGACAGGAUCUACACGCAUCAGAGUGACGUGUGGUCCUUCGGGGUUCUGCUGUGGGAGAUCUUCACGCUGGGUGGAUCGCCAUACCCAGGAGUGCCAGUGGAAGAGCUCUUCAAGCUGCUGAAAGAGGGUCACCGAAUGGACAAGCCCAGCAACUGCACCAAUGAGCUGUACAUGAUGAUGAGAGAUUGCUGGCAUGCUGUUCCCUCCCAGAGACCCACAUUUAAGCAACUGGUCGAAGACUUAGACAGGAUAGUGGCCAUGACCUCUAACCAGGAAUACCUGGACCUUUCCAUACCAUUGGAUCAGUAUUCUCCUAGUUUUCCAGACACCCGCAGCUCCACCUGCUCUUCAGGAGAGGACUCUGUGUUUUCCCAUGAUCCCCUCCCCGAUGAACCUUGCCUUCCCAAGCACCCACCUCAGCUUGCCAAUGGAGGACUCAAAAGGCGCUGAGACUGCAACUUCUGUGGGACAUUUGUGAACCUUCCAUGUACACAAGUGUUUGUGUGCAUGUGUUGAGGAGUGUGUGUGUGAGUGUGUGUGUGUGCGCGCGCACUUCGCUUCCAGCUGGACUGGUGGUGGAGCACCACAUGGGGCAGCCAUCAGCCCCCUUCCAGCUGCCAUAGUCAUGAUCUGCAGAGACUCCAUUUUGAAUAACCAAACCCACACCACUCCCUUCUUCUCAAAGCUGCCAUUAUUGCAAGAGGAGCUCACAGGGAAUCUGUGCUUGAAUAUUUCCCAUGAACUUAAGUUGAACUACGUCCCCUACCCCUCUUUUGGCCAGUGACAAAAUAAAAAGGCAGAGCCAGACACCUGGGCUUCAAUAGCAACAUGCUGCCACUUCUCUGAAAAGGACUCUGGGGAGAACAACAUUCCUUGGAAGAGAGUGGGCAUUUUCUGCUCUCUUUACUUCCAAAUGCAAGCAACAAAACCUCUUAACAGCCCAAGACGCUGACAGCAAAGCCUGAAGUGCAAAGCCUGUGGCACAAGGACACUCUGGAUUCAGCUGUCAACUGGAAAGUCUUAAAUUCUGUGGCUGGAGGGCCUGCUGCCACCUGUGAUACCAGUCAGGGUGGCUUCCUAAUUCCGGUAUUCCUGCAGAGCAGUCCUAUGCAUGCUUAUGCUGGGACCAAGCCCCCCCUAGCCCCAGCAGGACUUCCUCCCAGGAAAAUAGGUAUAGGGCACAGCCGUGGUUUGUGCUUUGUUGACCAAACUUGGGAAAUGACCGGGUACCCCAAGGCCUGGGGUAUCUUCACAGCACUUGACGCGAAACAGAGAGGAUGCAGCCCAACAAAGCCAGUGCUCGGGUCUUUUUUUUUUUAAUUAAACAAUUUUAUGUACAUAGCUGCAAAAUGUAUAAAUAUGAAAUAUAUAUUUACAUGUCUUUUUUUUAAAGAAAAAUUGCUGUUUACCAGAGUUAAUAUCACUUUGGUAGUAAGUUACUAGUGGCUGGUAGGUAUCAGUUGCUAUAAAAACAAAUCAUAUAUUUUGCUACUUUUGCUGGUUUUUUGUUUUGUUUUAAAUUAUGUUCUAAAAUUUAUUUCAAUUUAGGUACUUCAAUAAAAUUGCUGCUGCUUCAGUUUUAUAUGGGGUUAUAUUAAACAGUGAUUGGGGGUGGGUAAUGUUGAUUUCCCUUUGGAAAGCUGUUGUGAAAUUAUGUCCCUCCUUUCUUAGGCUCCUCCUCCUCCCUUGCCCUGCCAUUGAUUUCUGCCCCCACCACCGAGUGCAGCAGCCUUUGGAUUUGGUGCCCAGCAGGAGGACAUCAGUUCACCUUAAGAAAAGGGUGUCUGUGUGGCAAUGGUUCAGUUUCUAGGUUCAGAAUCUUAGUCCUCAGUGGGGCUGAAACCCCAUGAGGAUGAGGAACCCUUUUCCAGCCGUGUCUGUGCAUUUCUUUGAUGUUUUGCAGGUAGAAAUGGCUCUUGCCCUUUUGGGGGGUAGAAAGUGAUGUUGCCAGAGCAAGCUCUUCCCAGCUGAGUUUUGACAUCCUUUUGCUCUGGCAACUUGGAACCCAGAGCAAGACCAGCUUAAGAGUUGCCUCUGGCUCUGCUGCAGGCUUCUCGUGAUGCUUGGGUCAGCCCCAGCUUCUCGUUUUGUCCAAACAAACUCCCCCCCCCCCCCGCGCCCAGGCAGUGCCAAGGAAGAACUCCAUGAGUGCCUUAACCUGCAUGUCCAUACAAGAUGAGAGGAAAUGCACUCGUCCCUCCCUUCCUCCCUUCCUAGGGAGCAACCUAGCAAAUUACGGUAGUCAGAACUCUUCAUUUCCUAUCAAUUCUUUUCCAAUAGCUAAUUUGGCCCUGCAGCCUUAUCCGGGUCUCCUCUAAAGCAGCCGGGAACACCUGAACUAGAACUGCACAGUUUUGAGCAAGACCGUUCCUUGUACCCAGUGCUAUUUUUAAAAAAAGGGGGCACCAGAACUCACCAUGAACGCCUCCCUUGUUCUCUUAGAAUGGCGAUGGCGCCCACCUGAGAGGGGCCAGAACUGAGUUCCGGCUGAAAAAAAACCCUGUUUGCAUCAAUACUUUAAGCUCUUCCAGCACUCACUAUAUCAGCUGUUGCCAACCUGGUGCCCUCCAGUUGUGUUGGGUUACAGCUGCCAUCAGUCAAAACCAUGUUGGGAAGGCUGCUCUAAUUUCCACGUUUCCCAAAUAAUCGACAUGGCACUUGGCUUCCAGAAUGGCAUGCAGACUGCCAAGCCCUGCUUUCUCCCCAGUCUAGACUAAGAAACAAGAGUUUGCUUUCUGUUCCUCAGUGGUAUCCUGGAAGCCAGAGCCAUGCCAGUCAUACUUGAAAGCUUGCCCUGCCUUUGUAUAGAGUCAGAUUAUUGUGCUUUUUAAAAAUUCUGUAACAAAUUUGGUGGUAUUGUAAUUUAUUUUUUAUCUUUUAAGAUUUUAAAAGAGUCCUGCAACCCUCCUUGACAUCAGCUGAUAUUCUUGUUCCCUCUCCCCUUUGUGUGCCUUCUUUUUCUUAUGGGGAAAAGGAGAAUAAACCAUGCAAAUUUAUGUAAAUGUUACAUAUCUUAUUUGAAGUCCAGAAUCUGUGGGUUUCAGCCUGUGGACGUGAACAUCUGGAAGCCAAGAGCAGCCAGGCUUUCUGGCUUGGGGGAUCCACCCCCCCCCCAAUCUACCAGUUGGAAGAAGUCAUGACAUGGUACCUCAUAGUCACUGCAGGGCAGCACAGAGGAGGAGACACUCACAGAACGAGGGAAGAAAGGCCAUUCAAUGUUAUGUACAUCUCAGCAGCAGCAGAUCAACCUAACACAAUCCAUACAUGACAAUAAUGCAUGCUGUUAAGAAGCUAAGCAUUUAGAAGUCUUUCUAGAAAGCAUUAACCCAUUUUACAAAGCAGAAAGACAGGUGUAGCAGUUAAGAGUGCUCUAUUAGGCCCUGGGGGACCAGGGUUCAAAUCUCCAUGCAGCUGUGAAAGUGACGUUGGGCCAGUCACUGUCUCCUAGCCUCACCUACUAUACAAAGUUGUUGUGAGCAUAUACACACCAUAUUCAAGGACCAUAAUUGGCAGAGCAGAUAACUCCAAAAGUGAGCCAAACAACAAACUAUGCUGCUACUUAAACACAUGCAUUAUAUGUGCUUAAGGAAUUAAGCAGUGAAGCCACAAGACAGAUGGGGACGUGUAUAAAUGUGCACAUGAGCCAGACAUACGUCUUCACAACCUGUCCAUAGCAAACUCAGCACAGGAGAAGACCUACAGGCAGCACAAAACACAUAAGAAAAGGGAUCCUCUGCCUACCUGCUCCUUGGAAAUGUCUUAGCACUCUGCUCGCACCAAGUUCUUGCAUCCUCUCUCUCUCGCACCCAUGGGCCUCCAGAGCAGUCAGGAAGGGGCAUGGUGAUGGCAAGGGGGUCCCCAGCCACCCCAAGUUCAACUGCUGCUCCUGGAACAGGGGAGGCAUCUAGUCUCCAGAGCCAGCUGCCUCUGGGAAGGUCAUAUCAUAAGCAGGACAUGAACACAAAGCCUCCCCCCCCUUGAUUUCACGCCUUUGGGGGCUACAGCACAUAAGAAUUUUUUUUUCCUUAGAGAAAAGGGCAGCUGAGAAAGGGGGUAGCCUUGCCACCAGGAAGAAUCUCCCAAUUGAUGGAUUCUUUAAUUUGCUUGCUCUAUGCAGGGUGUCCGGGGCUGAAUGAAAGUUAUCACAGGGAGGGGGAGAAGGUUAAUAAUAAUAAUAUCACAAUCAUGGAGUUGGAAGGGACCCUGAGGAUCAUCUAGUCCAGGGGUCAGCAACCUUUUUCAGCCGUGGGCCGGUCCACCAUCCCUCAGACCAUGUGGUGGGCCGGACUAUAUUUUGGGGGGAGGGGAAUGAAUGAAUUCCUAUGCCCCACAAACAACCCAGAGAUGUAUU